CUCCUACUCUUUCAUCGUCAUCUUCCUCCUCCCCCCGCUUCCUUUCCACUCUGGACGCAUUCCCUUUGCAGCGACAAAGGAAUCUCUCUUUCCUUCCCUCCCUCCCCCGUCUCUCUCACGUUAUUCCCCUCCUCCCAUCCCCCGAUUCCUCCCUGUCGUCGCCAUCACAAUCAUAUAUGUAAUGCAUGUGCGUGCGUGUAUAUAUAUAUAAUUGCCCGAGCUUUUAGAGAUGCCUUAUCGUCGAGCCGCCGCCCCCUCCCCCAUCCUCCUCCUCCUCCUCCUCAUCUCCACCUCAAUCCCUUCCUUUCCAACCCCCCCUCUCCUUUAUUCCCCUCUCAAAGGUCCUUUUCUUCCUCCCUCCCUCUCCGUGGUGGAGUCGCUGCUUCCGUCCUGGCCGCCGCAAUGGAUUCUUCCGACUCCAGCUACCUCUCCCGGCCUCGCGCAUAUGGACAUACAGCUCCAUCAUAUCCUUGGAGAAGGUCACGCUUCAUGAGGUGGCUCUGCAAGUUUUUCAAAGGAACAGGUUGUAGAGUGUCAAAUGGACGCCAUUCACAUCUAAUUGGGGGAGAGAGCAUGUUGCAUAGACCAGUUAAACCAGCGGAUGACCAAUCUAAAGAUGCAAAUGAAGACCUGGAUCAUGCAAAUGCACUUUCUCUUGUCGAGGAUGCCAAGAAACCCAAUACUCCAGGAUACAGGGGCCAGGGAAUUGAUGAUGACGAGCUAGCUAAAGCUAUCCAAGAAAGUCUGAGCAUGCCCUCCUAUCAACCAUAUCAACCUGUGCAGUUUUUACCAAGAGGAUACAGAAUUUGUGGAGGCUGUCACCAUGAAAUAGGCUAUGGACAUUACUUGAGCUGCAUGGGAACAUUUUGGCAUCCACAAUGCUUUAGGUGUUAUGCUUGUGGUCAGCUUAUCCGUGAGACUGAGUUUUCUUUGUCAGGCACCUACCCAUACCACAAGUCAUGUUAUAAGGAGUUGCAUCACCCCAAAUGUGAUGUCUGCCAUGAAUUUAUCCCAACAAACAGGGCUGGUUUAAUUGAGUAUAGAGCUCACCCCUUUUGGGGCCAAAAGUAUUGUCCUUCACAUGAACAUGACCACACACCUCGAUGCUGUAGUUGUGAGAGAAUGGAGUCAAGAAAUACAAGAUAUAUCUAUCUAGGAGAAGGCCGUAGCUUGUGCCUGGAAUGCCUUGAAUCUGCUAUCAUGGAUGCUGGUGACUGUCAACCCCUGUACCACUCAAUUAGAGAUUAUUAUGAAGGAAUGAACAUGAGAAUAGAUCAACAAAUUCCCAUGCUUUUGGUUGAAAGGCAGGCGCUUAAUGAGGCCAUGGAAGGGGAGAAAUAUGGUCAUCAUCACAUGCCUGAAACAAGAGGCUUAUGUCUUUCUGAGGAACAAACCGUCAGCAGUAUACAUAAAAGGCCAAGAAUUGGGGGAAACAAAAUUCUGGACAUGCGGACACACCCACAAAAGUUGAUCCGUAGAUGUGAAGUCACUGCAAUUCUUGUUUUAUAUGGCCUCCCCAGACUAUUAACAGGUUCAAUUCUUGCUCAUGAAUUGAUGCAUGGUUGGUUACGUCUCAAAGGCUAUCGUGAUCUAAGCCCUGAGGUGGAGGAAGGCAUCUGCCAGGUUCUCUCCCACAUGUGGCUCGAAUCCGAGAUCAUGCCAGGUUCAACGAGUGUGCCAUCCUCAUCAAGUUAUGCUCCAUCUUCUUCAUCCUCAUCAUCAUCCACAAUGCCAUCAUCUAAGAAAGCAGCAAAGUCUGACACCGAGAAAAAACUAGGAGAGUUCUUCAUGCACCAAAUUGCUCACGACACUUCCACCGCCUACGGCGGAGGCUUCAGAGCUGCUAAUGCAGCCGUCAACAAGUACGGGCUUCGUCGAACCCUUGACCAUAUACACUUCACAGGAGCUUUCCCCGUGUGAAAGGCAUUGGCUCAGUCCCAUAAUUUUUCAUGGGGAGCCAAAUGGGUGACAUUGCUUUAUGUUGCGAGCAAAAUAAGCACUUGUAAACUAAGCUUGGAAUGAUGUCUUAAAAUAAGCAACGUUUGUGACUGAGA